UUCAAUUGUCCCGAACCGCAAGCCGUCCACUUUGGCCAUGCGUUAAUUGAUACCGAAUACUCAACCAAUACCAAGACAUGUACGGAGUAGCUAACGGCCGAGCGACGUCGCCUUCGGCCCUCGCCAGCCAUGCGCCCGACGGUGACAGCGACUGUCACAGUGAUGACGAUCAGGACGUCCUCCCUGGAGGCAAGCGCAAGCGCCCUGUCUCAGUUUCGUGUGAGCUAUGCAAGUCAAGAAAGGUAAAAUGCGACCGCCAGCAGCCCUCGUGUGGAUGGUGCAGUCGCAACGGCGCCAUCUGCGAAUACAAGGAGCGCAAGAAGCCAGGCCUACGAGCUGGUUACGGUCGCGAGCUGGAAUCGCGACUGGAUAAGCUGGAGGAUAUCCUACGGGCGCAUGCCGAAAUUCUGCAGUCAUCGUUUGGUCCUGAUGUCCCGGCGCCGCCUGGAAGCAGCCAGAGGAGCAAUCCAAGUCUAGCCAGCGACCAGGGUACGCCCAAGGACGUCAUGCGCAUGUUCAGAAUGAAUGAUUCGAAACGACCUGCACCCCUGCCUACUGAGUCGUCACAUUUUCCCAAGAACGCAGGACCUGAGAAUUCAAGCCCCGGCACAGCGCAAUUUGGAUUGCCGCAAACGCCUCAAUUGGGGGAUGCAAUGCAAACGCAUUCGAUAGUGUCGCAUCCGUCAACGUCGUCACAGCUUGCCAAUAUCACGUCUCCAGACACAACCAACUCGGCAAGUCAAGAUCUACCGCCAUACGACUUGCUGUAUUCGCUGGUAGAUAUUUAUUUCAAACACAUCAACACAUGGUGCCCCAUCCUCGUCUGGAAGCCGACGCUAGACAGACUCUUUGGCCCAAAUCCGUUAACCGAGACGGAUAGAAUACUUAUGCAUGCCAUUGUGGCUACAAGUAUGCGCUAUUCAACGGACCCUCGACUGACAGAACAGAGACGAGAACACUACCAUCGCAUCUCAAAGCAAAAGGUCUUGCUUUAUGGCAUGGAAAACUCAUCCGUCACGUCUUUACAAUCCCUCGUCAUCUUGGCGUUGGAUCUAUGCGGAAGCAGCAACGGUCCUCCCGGGUGGAAUAUCAUGGCGUUGAUUACUCGAUCUGUGGUUCAGCUUGGAUUAGCCGUGGAGACAAAUUCCUUCAUGGUCGCCCCAAACUAUACAUCAAUCUACACAUUAAGAGCCAUGGUUCUUCCCGAGCCGCGAGAUUUUGUUGAAGAUGAAUCACGACGCCGUCUGUUUUGGAUGAUUUACCUUUUGGAUCGAUAUGCGACAAUUGCCACUGCAUUCGAAUUUGCCCUGGAUGAUAAGGAAAUCGACAGGACGCUGCCGUGCCAUGACGACUUCCUAAAUGCGAAUCAAAAGGUAGAGACGCGAUGGUUCAAGCCAAACGACGUUGAUAAUGUUGUUCACGAGCACGAAUUCGAUCAACCGCAAAAUCUCGGCGCUCUUGCAUACUACAUUGAAAUCCUAGGCCUGCUGUCACGGAUACACAAGUUCCUUAAAAAGCCCAUCAACAUUGCCAAUCCCCACGAUGUCGAACAAUGGCAGCAACGAUACAAGGAGCUCGACAAUAUCCUCACCGGCUUCAAGUACAGUCUUCCGCCUGACUAUGGAGAUCUUUCAAAACUACUUCAAUCCUCCAAGAGCAAGGAUAGGCCUAUCCUUGUGAUGCUCCACGCCACCUUCAACACUGCCAUCAUCCGUCUACACUCCUCCGCAGCUUAUCCCACAACUCGCUCCAACAUUUUCACACCAUCCUACAGCGCUUCUCAGCGAUGCUUGUCCGCCGUUGAAAACAUCGCGGCCAUUGCUGGCUUCGUAACCACAAAUGGUCUUCUCCCUAAACUUGGCCCCCCAUUCGCAUUCACAGUUUGGGUGUCAGCGCGUCUGCUCCUCGUCCAUGGAUCAACAGUCGAGCGCAAGCUUUCGCCCAAGAUACACUUCUUUGUCGACAAGCUUCGAGAGAUGGGUCGAUAUUGGCCCGUGGCAGCAAGAUACUGUGGUCUGUUACAGCGCGUCUUAGAUGAGCAGCGUGAAAGCGAUCAGCAAGGAGAUGGUGUCACUCCCAGCUCUGUCACUAUUCUAGCAGAUAUGCGUCGCACAGCCUUUGAUUUGGACUUUUUGAUCUCGCGACAACCACGACAUGGCUCACAGCCGAACGCCAAAUUUAAUACUAUUACCCCGACACGAACACCAGGGCCGAAUGAGCUCGAAUAUCUCGACGUCUUUGACUUUUUCAACGUUCCUCGACUUCCCGUCGGCGUGGAGGCACCUCUCGGCACGAAUGGCGGGAAUCAGAUGGGCGACCCGAAUAUGCACCCUGCAGGUCCGCAGCAAGGCAUGCCAAACGAGUUUAACAUUACCAAUUUUAUGAUGGAUGCGAAUAGCGAUUGGUUAUUCAAGCAGGAGGGCGAGUUUAUAGCACAGGGCUGAUUUACCGUGAGAGCGUGGCUACCCAUCACCAUGUACAAGUGUAUAUAAGAAUUGUAAACUUUUUUCAGAGAAUUCCAGAUAAUAUCAGGUCAAUGCUCAAAACAGACCUGUUAUCUUUUAUAUUCAAAAUCAAAACUUGAACGCUAAAAUACGCUGGGGCUAAACAGUCAAAAGCAGUGCAAGCUGAUGUCGACCCAAUGGAGCGUGCCACCAACUUGCAAAUAAACAAAGUAAAAUCAACGCAGGCUAAGCUACUAAACAAAAGAAAGGGAAAAGAGAAAAAGAAAAGAAAAGAAAAAGAAUGGGCGAAUCCCCAGAGCUAGCGUACACUAGCCCAUUAUUGUGUUGGCUACAGAGCCAUCAAAGUAUCUAACCCAACCGUCCAAGUUCAACUUCUUGACGACGGUGCUGAAGCCCUCAGAGCCGUUAGCCUUGCCUCUGCGAGAGAAGAUGCCCUUGGCAACAGCGCUUCCAAUCCAAGGAGCUCCAGCAGGGUACUCAAUGUGGAAGACGGGCUUGUUUGCCUUGAUGAACUUGGAGAAGGUGGCACACUCAGAGAACUCAACACACUGCUCGUUGACAGCAAAGUCAACAGUAGUGAGAAGAGGGUCAAUAACAUCACCGGCGUUCUUCAGACCAGUAGACAUGUUGUAAGAACGGGCUUCCUUGGUAAGGAACUUCAUAAAGUCAAUGGUGUCGUUCUUGGUGAGACCAAGACCGUU